CACCGAAGCGAUUAAACAAAAAAAGCAAUAAAAAAGGAGGAAAAAAACCAAAUUAGACAAUAUAUAACUUAUAAACUCAAGUCAAUCCAAAAUAUACAAAUUGCCCCCAUCAUACCAAUCUCUCCUCUUUACGUCUGUGUUAAAAGCCGAUCAGUAAAAUGACUGGUUCGUUCAGUGUGAAGCUGAAAUCGAAAAAAGGUCAAUUCAUUGUCAAAGAUUUGAACCAGUAUACGACGCUUGGGGAACUGAAGACGAGAAUAGCCCAGGCGACGGCCAUACAGGAACUGCAGCUGCACGUGCUGGUCGGCUAUCCACCCAAACCAUUGGACCUCUCCGAAAAUCGGGAAAAUGAAAACCUCAAGACUGUGGGCAUCAACAGCGGUGAGACCUUGAUUGUGGAAGAAAAGGCUGGUGCUGCUGCCCCCACUCCCUCAGCCAUUGCCAGUGGCAGUGGCAGUUCAACUAUGGAGGAUGACGAGGCGCUGGCGCGUCAGGUGUCUAGCGGAGGCAGCAUCGAGACGGGCGCUUUAAAUAUCGUUCAAUCGUUGGAGCCAGUGAUUUCACCCGAAGAGUCUGGACCCAACGGCAUCUUCAAUGGCAUUUUACUGAAAAAGGUGGUGCCGGCGGAUAACUCAUGCCUCUUCACAAGCAUUCGCUUCGUCCUUAACGGCAAGGUGGACAAUGAAGGCAGCGAAAUGAUGCGGCACAUCAUAGCCCAAGAGGUGUCUGCCGAUACGCAGCAGUACAAUGACGCCGUGCUGGGCAAGUCCAACUCCGAUUACUGCGCCUGGAUACAGAAGGCCGACUCGUGGGGCGGUGCUAUUGAGGUCUCCAUACUGUCCAACUACUACGGCAUCGAGAUCGAUGUGGUGGACAUACAGAACGCCAUCAUCAACCGCUUUGGCGAGGACAAGAACUUUGGACUCCGCGUCUUCCUCCUCUUCGAUGGCAUCCACUACGAUCCCCUGUACAUGGAGACCCAGCAGAACUCGGGUCCGGCCACCAUUUUUCCAGUGGAGGAGAUGGGCGUAUACCAGCAGGCCGAACAGAUAGCCAACGAGGCUAAGUCCUCGCGCCAGUUCACCAACGUUGACAAAUUCACCUUGCGCUGCAUGGACUGCGAUGUGAUGCUGGUGGGCCAGGUCCAGGCCCAGGAGCACGCCAAGGAAACCCAUCACGAGAACUUCGAGGAAAUUUAAUACGUCCUGAUUUUCGGAACCAUUUAUAUUUUAGCCUUCAUUCUGUUUGCCUACUACCUACUCACUACCUAGUGAUGCCUACAUUUCUGGCGACGGUGCACAGCCCCACCGCUUUUAGCUAAAUUAUACAUCAUGUUUUGAAAUUUUAAAUUAUUUGAUUUGCAAAAAUUAUAGUAUAUUAUAUUUCUUUAUCCCCUCUUGGAUCGCAAUAAAAAUUUACAUUUAUU